CGAUGACUCUUUGUUGCUUGCUGCGGGCACCGCUGGAAACUCCGCAUCAGACUAUCACCCAGCGUGCUUGCAUUGCUGCAGGGAAAUGCCACCCACAGGAGCGGUGACCGACCUCUCAUCCCAACAAUGCACUCAACUUUGCUGCUACAUCAAGCAUGCUGCAUCAGCAGUGAUAAGUUCUUGGCUCCAGAUCGGGAUGCUCUCCAACCCCUCCCUACUGGCCAUUGUGCGUCCCAAGACAUUCCACCCUGAACUUCUUCGAUUGGCAACGCGGAGGGGUCCGUCUGUGGGCUAACUUCGAGUUCGACACAGCUUGAGGAACGCCUAUGAAGUCAUCUGUGGAUGCUUUUGUCUGAGGAUCGAGCGAUGAUCGAGGCGGUCUAGAUGAAUUUCUGGGGAAAAAGGAGGGGUCUUCGGGUAGCAGAGCCAAUCUAGAGGAGCAAGUGACGGGAGCUUGUUCAAUCGGCCGAGAUAUGGUUAUUGCCAGCGGGAAUGGUAAAGAAAGCAAGUCAUGGGCUGGAUAGACGUUGACUGGGUCUGAUCUGGUGUCAUUUGGUUGUCUCGUGCGACUAAAAGUCAUGCAGGAUAAAGAGAAUCAGCCAACGAGUGGCUUGAUGGAGGGGGUGACGGUUGUUGUGAUGGUAGAUCUGUUUCCUCAACCGAGUCGUUUCUUUUGAUCGGCCCACAGCAAUUCGGCAAACCCCAGGAGAGGGUAAUCAAAAACUGAGCGAUGACAUGUUGAACGUUUCAAAGACACAAGAAAACGAUUUCUCAGAACUCCGAGUCUGUCUGAAGUGCCCCAAUUGCUGACCACACGUGUGCUCAGUGCUCAGAUCAUGACCAAACCCACAUUCGGGUUUGGGGGACUUUACCCCGCCAAGUGCCAAACUGAGUGACCACUCCAAUCCGACAGCCAGACCCUGGGCAUUGGAAAGCAUGACAGGAAAAAGGGGUCGAGACAACCUGAAAAAACAGCCGUGUUAUGGCUAUCUUGAGCUCCUCCUUCAGACCACGGCAACGGGCUGAAUUGGCAUUGUUGUUUUGUUUCUUGAGACUGAAGCUGCCAAAUUGUAGCACUACCUUGGUUCGCGGAACACCCGCUAGCACAUAAUUGGUACUGAUACUGCCAGGGAACAUCCUGGAAGCAGCAGCUGACGCACUGCUGAUUGGACAAGACCGGCUUCUUCCCCGCUUUCAACGGUACCCCACGCAUACGCAGGAAGAGCAAGAGAGCCAGUCAGUCCAACUCGCUUCGUCAGGAACUGCUUCUUUCCUAUCUCUUGGAAAGAAGAUGGCAAGCAAAGCCGGGGACAAACAUUCUGGAUGGGGAUAAUCUGAUAGAAUUUCCUGAGCCACAGAUUGAAGUGAGAAGCGAGUGGCACAGACAGACAGACAGACACCUGGUACCUAGACAGACCCAGACACAGACAGCACCGGUGCCGGACAGGUCGGUAAGGUUGCUUUUUUUCGCUGACCACGCGCACCCAUCAACUCGCCAAUCACCCACAGACAAACCUGCCAAGGGCCAAGGAAACAAAGGACCUCCCCACUUAAACUUUGGCUGGGACAACAAAACCCACCUGAGCCCGAGUCAACGACGACGACACCUCUGGACAACACAGCCAGCACAGCCAGGCCGUAUCCUUGCCGAGAGACUCCUCCCGCAGCUGUUUCGUGUCUUGCUGCCCGCCUUGUCUGAGAAUUGUCGCGUCGAACCGAAUCACAGCCCCGCGAUCGAGUCGUUUUCCCGACAGUCCCUUGGGCCUGUGCCCACAGCAAACCGUGACCGAGGGCGUGCGAGCGGCGCGCGUGCUGUACGUGCUCUAGCUGCUAUCGAUAACGAGGUCCCGCGGUCGUUCUGCUCCACAGUUGCCCGCCCUAGAGCCGCCAUUGAGCCCAGCCUGUCUUCUCGGGCAAAGCGAGUGGUUCUUUGCUGUUGUCCAUGCCCCCAGAGUGAGCACUUCCAAGCCAGCGCGAAAUAACGACCACCUACUCCCAAUCCACGGCGGCGAUACCUUCACGUCAAGAACAGCAUGUCUCAGGCUUGUGCUGGGUUCUAGCUUUUGGCAUCUUGGGCCUCUACUGCCCUGCUCCGGCCCCACCUGCGAGCAUUUGGCUGCUCUCCAGUUACCAGCCACACGACGAGAAACCUUUGACGACCAAUUUCACCGUCUGCUUGACAGACAAACAACGUUCUUUGCCGGCCAGAAAAAAGAGACAGGUUGCAACCGAAAGUCCCUCGAUGCUCAACCUCCCAACCGCCAGGGGAUACCCUUGAGUCCAUCCUCUCGCCUGUCGUAUACAUCUACAUCCGCCACCAGCCCUUCAGAUUAACUUGUCGAGGGAUAUCACCCAGUCUACAAUUGUCAAUGUUGUCGAAUGAAUAAGGAGCCGCCAGAAUAGCCACUUUACUGCAAUGGAAGAAGAGCCUACCCCACCCAACAUGCUGGCCCCGCCGGCCUUGAACUCGCUCCGGGCCGGCGGCAUGGAGAGAUCGUUCAGCGAGAACAUUCGUGAGGAGAGAGAGGAGCUCCGAGAGGCUGCCGAGCAGACUCUCAAUGUCCUUCUGGAUCUUAACCUCAAUGGGACGAUUCGAUGGGUGAGCCCAUCCUGGGUUGAUGUGAUUGGGACACCACCAGACUCCGUCAUUGGAACACCAAUUGCCGACCUUGUUGUCAGCCAAGACCCGACCAUCUUCUCCAAGGUUGUGCAGGACAUGAAAGACGAUGACCGGCGCAGCCAGUUUAUACGAUUUGCUGUCAAGCUGGGGCCCAUGGCAAAGCUUUACCCGGUCGAGAUGAUUGGAGAGCCUGCUGAGGAAAUGCCCCUCCCUACUGUUGAGCUAGAGGCCCAGGGUAUCAUGGUGUAUAGUGGUGCGUCAGAGGGAGAAAGCCAUAGCAUGUGGAUGAUCAGACCCUGGGUAGCCCCACGAGAGAUCAAGAUUGAUUUACCACCGGUUAUCGUUGAUUCUCUCGGGUCCGGCGCUGAAGUGUUGGCGAGUUACCUGACCCAACUCGCAGAAUCCGGACUUGACGAUCCAGCCCUCCAUCCCCCGCCCCUUCCGGUUCUUUGCCGAAUUUGCGAACGUCAGAUUUCCCCGUGGUGGUUUGAGAAGCACACAGACCUCUGCUUGCAGGAACAUCGAGCUGAGAUGGAUGUUCAGAUGGCGCAAGAAAAUCUGACCGAGCACAGGAGCGCGAUUGUCAAGGUUCUCGACGCGUUAGGAGACACUCGACGAAGUCGCUCCUUGGUAGGGGAGCCAUCGCCGCCAUUGGCUGCUGAAUACAAAGGGUUGCUUAUUAGGGCGCCUACCUCGGCUACUUCUUCCCCGGGCACAUCAUCGCCAAUCCUUGGCGCAGGUCGGUCGCGAGAACGAUCGUCUGGCUUUGGACAUGCGCGAGCGCGGUCCUUCGCCGUGCGCCGGCCGCAGGUCCGGAUUGUUGAGCUCUUACUGGAUCUUUGCGAUACAGCCAUUGAAAUCAGCACGCCGGCCAUCAAGGAGUCGCCCCAGCCAGACGGUGAAAUUCGCACGCAGUCCCCUCAGUCGGAAGGACAUAUCACGCAGGUUUUACAGUGGGAGACCCCAGGAACCAACACACUGGAACAGGAGCAGGGGCUUGCCCUGCUUUGCAGUGAUACAGAAAAAGUAGCUCGGGACAAGGUGGAGGCCGUAUUCCGUCACCGACGAAUCUUGGAGUAUGCCGAGCGAAUUCGCGUCGAGUUUGCCAUUAUCGUUCAAAACUGUAUCGAUAAAGCCUUGCGUAGUGCGGCUAGGAUUGCCUCUGGACAUAUGCUCAGUGACACGACCGAGGAUGAAGACGAAGCUGCCGUCAUUGCGCCGUCUCGGGGGGAGGAGGAUAUCUUUGUGGGAAGUUUUGAUGAGCACCCUUCUGGUUUGGCUUUGGCAUUAGAAAAUGCAGAUAUUGAUGAAGAUCCUGAAAGACGGCGUUCGUCUGCUGUCCACUCUACGAGAUCAAGCAGUCCCCGAGAGUGCCCAACCCCGCGAUCUCACCGAGGUGCCACAGCCAACUUUUCGGGUGCGAAUCAGUCUCGACGAGAAUCAAUGAUUUUUGAGAGCGAUGCGGGUGCGGACAGCGAUGGAAGCUUGCGAUCAGCAUCCGUGGCGUCAAGGCCGCCGCCGCGGACAGACUCGCCCAUGUCCGAGUUCAGUGAUCUCCGCCGGCAGGCAAGUUCGCGACAACAUCAUCGCAGAAGCCUGAUUCUCCCCGGAGCCGUGUCUCCGCGGCGGCAGGAAUCGCCAUCACGUAUGGGUCCGCCGUCGUCCCCCCUUCGGAUUCACAAGCCCCGUAACUUUCCCUUCUCCUCGGACGCUCUUGUGUCUCCUGAGGCGUCCCCGUUGCUCACACAUAGCGAGUUCACUUCGCCGAGCGUCCCCCAUCAUGUUCACCACAGAAGACAAUCCUCGGCUGCUGUCUCGGCAUCCACCGGGGACUUGCCCCUGAGCAUCAAACCGCCUGUAUCGCCACGUCUAGCGCCUCAAGCCAAGGCCGUGCCUCCAUCGAUCAGAGACUUCGAGAUCAUCAAGCCCAUCAGCAAAGGCGCGUUUGGUAGCGUCUAUUUGUCCAAAAAGAAGUCGACAGGCGAGUACUUUGCCAUCAAAGUACUCAAGAAAGCUGACAUGGUCGCCAAGAAUCAGGUCACCAACGUUAAAGCGGAACGGGCCAUCAUGAUGUGGCAAGGUGAAAGCGACUUUGUUGCCAAGCUAUACUGGACCUUUUCGAGCAAAGACUACCUGUACCUCGUAAUGGAGUACCUCAACGGAGGGGAUUGUGCGGCACUCAUCAAGAUUUUGGGCGGUCUAUCUGAGGAAUGGGCAAAGAAAUAUCUGGGCGAGGUUGUUCUCGGUGUUGAGCACUUGCACAGCCGCGGAAUCGUUCACCGAGAUCUCAAGCCUGAUAACCUGCUGAUUGAUCAGAAGGGCCACUUGAAGUUGACCGACUUCGGUCUUUCACGGAUGGGUUUGAUUGGAAGGCAGAAGCGGGCACUGAACAGCGGCACUGAUGCUGCCCCUGACUUGCUCAAGCAAGGACCGUUCGCUCGGUCGACAUCCAUCGCAUCAUCCAGGUCGACUUCCAUGGACCUUCACGGCCGCAGCCACUCGCCUGGCUCCACGCCGCAAAUGACUCCUAGCGAUUGCGCCGUGAGCCUAGGACCACCCUCCUACUUCAACCUUGGCACAUUGUCGCAGGAACCACGUCGUGUGUCCACUCAGCGCAGCGACAGUGGCGGUAGUGAAGCACUGUCGCAGAUGAUUGGCAAUCUAUCUUUGGCUGAUCCUCAAGUGAGCUACUCAUCAUCGGCCAUUCUUUCCCCUGCCGAGGGGAGUGAAGUUGAGCCUGGCGCAUCCCCAGACUUUGCCUCCCUUUCCCACGUCACUUCACACAACGGUCUCGAGUCCCACAGGGGCACUCCUCCGCAGCCAUCAAUGGCGCCGCCAAAUUGGGCUCUAUUUGACCCCGAAGAUACCACCCGCCGCUUCGUUGGCACUCCGGAUUAUCUUGCUCCGGAAACAAUCAAAGGCGAACCUCAAGACGAAACCAGUGAUUGGUGGUCCGUUGGAUGCAUCUUGUACGAGUUCCUCUACGGCAUCCCGCCGUUCCACGCCGGUGAGGCCGAGCAGGUAUUUGAGAACAUUCUUGCCCGGAGAAUGACGUUUCCUGAGAUGGACCCAAAGAUAUCACCCGAGGCCAAAGAUAUCAUCAACAAGCUGCUUUGUAUGGAUCCCAGCCAACGCCUGGGUGCUAACAAGGACGAUAAGUUCCAGAGUGGAGGCGAGGAAAUCCGUAAUCAUCCUUGGUUCAAUGGUGUGAACUGGGACACGUUGCUUCAGGAUGAGGCCGAGUUUGUGCCCCAGCCGGAAGACCCUGAGGAUACCGAGUACUUUGACUCCCGUGGCGCCACGCUCCAGUCUUUUGUGGAAGAGAUGGAGGAUCAGAGCUCGCCCCCUCCCGGUGGCCCCCUUUCCGACAAUUUUGACCGACCGCACGAUGCCCUGUCUCGGGUUAGAUCCCAGGUCAACUCCAUGAAGCGUGGUUUGAUGCCUCUGCACAUUCCUCCGCACGUUAGAGACCACAAGAGUAGCCGGAGGCUCAGUGAACCUGUGGCCGCUGAUGACUUUGGGAAUUUCACUUUCAAGAACCUGCCUGUUCUCGAGAAGGCGAACAAGGAUGUGAUCCAGAAACUGCGCGCAGAAGCUCUCGCGGGCUCAAACAAACCCAUCAGUCCCGGCGGAGCGAGCAACAACAGCAUUACUUCUCCCGGAACAGGCCUUGAGGGUAGUCCCAUCAUUGCCAAUCCGGUUCAACGGACGCUAUCCAAUGCCAAAGCUACUCAACGGCCCCAGUCGCCCUCUGGUCUGAGCCACGCCAACUCGUCUCCCAGUCGUGCUUCCCAGCCUUCGUCGCCCCUAUUGGUCUCUUUUGUGGCAGGCCAAGGCGAGAACAGACGCAAGGCCUCUGCGAACUCGAAUACAUCGCAGCCCUCAACAACGACAAGUUCACUGCAGCCGGGAAAUUUCUUCGAUCUACCCCGCGUUCCGCCUAGUCUGCAGAAAGCGGCCACUAGUGUUGCUGCUUCCCCGUCCCCGGUGAAAAGUCGUGGGGGAGGGUUGCCUCCGCUGCCGCUCUCGUCACCGUCAAAGCCAAUGCCGAAUCACCUGAUGUCUACUCCCAGGCACAGCGGAAGCUCCGUCGGCGGACGUUCCCGUUCGUUGACGGUGGGCUCGCAAGAAGGUAGCCCGGUGGCAGCAGAUCUCUUCUUGGCGGCUGCUCAUAAGAAUCGUCGCAGCCAAGUAUUUGACAUGUCACCAUCAUCCUCGGACAACGAGGGCGACAAGGCCAAUGCGCUGCUCAGAGUUCAACGACGACGUCAAAGCUCGAGACGCAUGUCAUAUAUCGCGGCAAAUGAGGGCAUUCCUAUUUUCCGUGCUCUCGACGUUUUGAUAUGCGAUGAUCAUCCCAUCUCCCGCAUGGUGAUGGAAAAACUCCUGGAGAAGCUGCGGUGCCGUACCGUUGCCGUAUCAACAGGUCCUGAGGCCAUUCGAUACGCCAUGAGCGACAUCAAGUUCGACAUCAUUUUCCUGGAGUUUAGGUUGCCGCAGAUUUCAGGUUGGGACGUUGCCCGUAUGAUACGCGAGACCAAGCAUGCAAACACCCAUACUCCCAUUGUUGCGAUCACAGCCUACUUGAAGGAUCUGAACGGGCCUUAUCUCUUUGACUCGCUCAUUGAGAAACCGAUCAGUUCAUCAAAGUUAACCGAGGUUCUUUGUUCGCUUUGUCAGUGGAAAGCGCCCAUGCCCGGCCAGCUGGUCAACACAACUCAAACAUCGUUGCCGCUGCCGCAUCCUGUUCCUUCGGGUCUUCGACAACAGGAAACCUUUCGACUUGAGGACAGCCCCACCUCUAAUUCGUCUGGAUAUGCCAAUCGUUCGAGCAGCAGCUUCCGGGAGGACUCAAUCGCAUCUAGUCUAUAUGGAGACUCGGAGUCCGUCAUGACAGACGACAUUCCGGUUCUGAUCAGCAGGAAAGCCACUGGUGACUGGGAAGAGGGCGGCGGACUUGGCAUCUCAGGUGCCGAGGAGAUAUUGUCGGGCCAAGGCGAGCCGAUGAGGUCUCCCACGCUCCCUCAUCUGGUGACUCAGCAAUCAGCACCAGGCCAGAUGGAACACUCGCCGCUCCAAAAGAAAGGACCGAUGCCUCAGCGUUCCUUUGAGAAGUUAAAGGCGAGGCGCGAGUCGCUCGAAAAACGGAGGUUCGAGGGCAAUGUUGAUUCGGCCGAUGACGAAGACGACGAGCUGGAUGCGGGGGGGACUGGCCGUACCCCAGCCUCUCCAUCUGCUAAACACUCACGCGCUAAGCAACAGCUGCCCUCGUCCAAGCUUGGCAUCGAGAUGAUGAGGGCAAACAGCCACGACAGCAUGCUAGAGCCUCAGACACAAGUAGCCACGCCGAAUCAUGAAGGUCAGCUCGAAUUCCCCGAGAGUAUCGCGCCGGAGAUUGCCCCAACUCCUAUCACGCCGCUUUCCAAGGUGGUGGAGGAUCUCAACGAGGGAGUAGAGACGCCACCGGCUGCUGAGGGAGAAAGCGUCGACAAGGCAGAUAUCGACGUAGAUGAGACUCCCCGUCCCAAUUCGACCUUGGCAUUCAUGGCGUCCAUUGACGAAGACCCGACUCCUCGCCCCCCUGCGCGGGUAACCGAUAGAGACAACGUCUUGCCUUUUUCUGGGAUCUAGAUUGCCGCUACAAGCCCCAACCACAAACACACACAUACACAUAACACAUACACGAACCCAAGGUUUCCUUUCAUUGUCUUGUCAACAUAUCAUCGCUCAAUAUUUCAUUUUGAGUCAGCGCGGCGUUUUACUGGCGGGAAGGAAGCUUGAUGGAAGCUGAAGACUGCAUCACGAACCAACUCUUUGCUUUUGCUCUUUCAUUUGUUAUUUUUUUUUUUGGCAUAGUGUGUACGAGUUGAUUAGUCGAGCAUCAAGAAGUGAAGUUGGGAUGAGGAAGAUGGUAGUCUUGUUUCAGAUAUGUGAUUUUUUUUUAUUUUAUUUUUUUGCAAGCUGAGUUAGGUACAUGUGUUGCCCGAGAAGGAAGGAGGGAUUGAACGUUGUAUUGCACAGCAGAUACAUUUUGGAGUGUGAUAUUUUGGCGAUGAAGAUGGUUCGUUUGAACAAAUUGAUUUGAGAUGAGUUGAGCUUUUGCGGGUUUUGUUGUGUGUUUCUUGAAUGUUGUAUGUCGCAUACCCCCCGUUUUUUGAGCGUGCUUUGCAGAGUGAUUUGUGGGAUGAUAGUAAGCACGCUUUUGCAGAGGAUGUAACCUUUUAUUGGAUUAGGUCACAGGGCUUGGGGGGUGAGAGUGAUAAUAUAAGAUACUAGAUUGCAAAGCGGCUGUUCUCAUGAUGGUGAUAUAUCUGUGCACUGAGAUGGC